UCGCGCGUGAGAUACAGAGAUUAAAAUUUGUUUUCCGAGGGGGUUGUCUCCAUAAACGAGCUCGUGACUCUUUCCAGGCUUCUCUGUAGUGUCACCAACGGACCUCGAAGCAACUCUACAAAACCGGAGCAUGGGGUUCGCGAGAUUCACUGUGGCCUUUCCUCAUUUUUUUCUUCUCCUUCAGUUGCGUCACUUCCUAGAGUCUCCUGGGUUUCUUCUUCCAUACUCUCUGACUUUUUCUCCUUUCUGUUUCUCCGUAGCCGAGGAGAACGGGCAGGUUUGCCCGAAGUCCUGUGUCUGGUAAAAGCAUGCUUUCUGGCGGGAGUCUUUCAGAACGUUUUUCUUGUGCUUUUUCGGCGACUCGAACGUCGCCUUUGAAACGGUCUGUCUUGGCACUGAUGGAUCAGGCACUUGUGAGCUUCUCUGAGGCUUUUUGCGAGUCAACGCGUCCCCCCUCUCCCGGUCGCUGCGUGGCUGCUCCUCGCUUUUCUCUCCCGACAGCGUACGAAAUCGUUUUCUGUGUGGUUCCCUCCAACGUCUGUCGAGGUCCUUCGAUCUCCUAAGCUCUCUUCGUCGCGCCGCUCUUGUUUCUUCCGCUCUCCUCUCUCUUCUUCUCUUUCCGGUCUCCCUGCUCCUUCCUGUCGUCCCGCUCAGGCCUGGCUGCGUCUCUCUCCGUUCUUCUCCUUUGCUUCUUUCUUCUUCCUUCCUCCUGCACAUUUCUCCAUCUUUCCAGUGUAUUCGCCUUCUUCUCGCACAUGCUGCUGCUCACCCUCUCUUCCUGCACCUUUCCUCCACCGUUCUUCUCUCCCGUCUGCGUCUUCGGUGCCACUGUUCUCGAGUCGUCUUCUCGCAGUCUCCUCUCUCUUGUCGGUUCUCUCCGUUCUCUUCCUCCAAGUCUUCUUCUCUCCUCUCGCCCGCCCUUCUGCAGCGCGACUUCGGCGACGAACGACAGGCGAGAACGGAGACCGACAAGCAGGGUAAAGGAGACAGACUGGUGAAGACGCAAGACAACUUGGAUCUGGAGAGACCCCAGACAUGCCGUAAACGAGGGAUCGCGCUCGCGGCGUGCACUUCGCAGACAAAGCAGAAGACAGUACGGAGACGGGGUAGAAAUGUGCAAGUUGUCGAUCGUAACGAGCGCACAACAAGAGAGGAGAGACAGAGCGACGAAGACGGCGAACCCAAGAGAUCGCAUCGUUUUUUGUGGUCCGAAACAACUUCGCGUUAAUCCGAGAGUUUCGUCUGCAACCUGUGUAGCAGCAGCUUCAUCGCCGCUGCCUUUCCACCGCAACUGAUCGCGCUCGGUGGGGACGCGUCGCCUCUUUGAGUCCCCGCCUCUCGUCUCUUCUUCGCCCUGCGUCUUUCUUCUUGUCCUUGUCUUCCUUUUCGAGUCCCCUUUCCUCUCCACUCCUUCUCCCUCUCCCGCCUUUCUUAUCUUUCUCCGUUCUCGUCGUUCUUUUCUCUCGUUUCCCCUCGUUUUCCUCCCCGUUCUCGGUCCUCCGUUGCUCCAAUGGCACCCGUGCUGCGCGCUUCGUCGCCGUCGCCGUCUGAGAGCGGCGAGGCCUCUGGCGCGCCGCGGUCCUCGCGGAGGCGACAGGAGAGAGACGAAGAACUGCAGGAGACUCUGCGCCUUCUAGAAGAAGCUGCAGACGCCGAGGAGUAUGUGCCUCUGAAGAAACGCAGAGAAAUGAAGGCUAAGCUGCUGCAGAAACAAAUGCAGGCUCUCGAGGCGCAUCUGGAGCGCGAGGAAGCUGGCCGCGCCAGCGAAGACGAAGAAGACGAGAAGAAGAAGAAGGAAAGCAGCGCUGCGCUUUCGCGCGCCCGCGCAGAUUUUCGGAAGACGCUGUUGGCAACGAGCCACAAGUUGCGUGCGGAGGCUGAGGCCCAGAAGAAAGACAUCGAAAAAGAGAUGGAGGAGGAAGAAAAGCGAAUUCUGGAGCAGGUCUCAAAGUCGAUGGGGGCGCCGCUGCAGGGCGUCCGAGAACGCGCGAAAGGCAUUGUGUACACGAGUCGCAUGCAAUCGAGUUGGCGGCUGCCCGACAAAUAUGCGGAGAUGACUUUGGCGGAGGCGAAUGAAGUGCGGGAGAGGUUCUUCAUAGACGUGAGCGGGGAAGAUCCGCCGCCGCCCUUCCGGAAUUUCAAGGACAUGCGCUUUCCCCAGCCGAUUUUAAAAGGCCUUCAAGAGCGAGGGAUCUCCUACCCCACACAGAUUCAGAUGCAGGGAAUUCCUGCGAUUCUCCAAGGUCGAGAUAUCAUUGGUAUCGCUUUCACCGGAAGUGGAAAGACGCUCGUUUUUUCUCUCCCGAUGAUCAUGGGCGCUCUCGAGUCCGAAAUCCGCUCGCCGUACCUCCCUGGGGAAGGCCCAUUUGGCCUCGUCGUUUGCCCCUCCCGAGAGCUCGCGAGUCAAACGAACGACGUCUGCUCCUUUUUCUGCAAAAAACUCGAAGAUGGUGGCUACCCGGCUCUUCGCUGCGUCUGCAUUAUUGGAGGCUGCAGCGCGGUGGAACAGGCCAAGGAAGUUCGCCAGGGCGUCCACUGCAUCGUCGCCACACCCGGCCGACUCACUGAUAUGCUGAACAAAAGGCGUCUUGCUCUGCAGCAGUGCGAGUAUCUGUGUUUCGACGAGGCAGACAGAAUGGUGGAUAUGGGGUUUGAAGAAGAAGUGAGGAAUGUGUUGGACAGCUUCGGUCAUCAGAGACAAACGCUUCUCUUUUCUGCAACAAUGCCGAGGAAAAUUCAAGAAUUCGCAAAGUCGGCGCUCAUCGAUCCUCUCGUCGUCAACGUUGGCCGUGCCGGCGCAGCGAAUCUGGACGUGGUGCAGGAGGUCGAGUAUGUGAAACAGGAAAACAAGCUGCCGUAUCUUCUCCACUGUCUGCAAAAGACAGCGCCUCCGGUUCUGAUUUUCUGCGAAAACAAAAAGGACGUAGACGACAUCCAAGAGUACCUCCUCCUCAAGGGCGUCGACGCGGCAGCAGUGCAUGGCGGCCUCGCCCAGGAAGAGCGCAGCGAGGCCGUCCGUGCUUUCAGGGAAGGCCGGAAGGAUGUGUUGGUGGGCACCGACGUCGCGUCGAAGGGUCUCGACUUUCCGGCGAUUCAGCAUGUGAUCAACUUCGACAUGCCGAAGGAAAUCGAAAACUAUGUGCACCGCAUUGGACGCACGGGACGCUGCGGGCGCACUGGAGUGGCGACGACCUUCGUGAACAAGAAUCAGGAAGAAACAGUUCUCCUCGAUCUGAAGGCCCUCCUGAUCGAAGCCGGCCAGCGAAUGCCACCAUUCCUCGAGGCGCUGGACUCGCGGGGGCUCAACUUGAAGGAAAUUGGAGGCGUUCGAGGAUGCGCCUACUGCGGUGGUCUCGGCCAUCGCAUCGCGCAGUGUCCCAAACUGGAGACGCAGAAACGCCAGACGCAAGGCGCCACAGGGAAAGAUUUCCUCACUUCAGGUUCGCGUUACGGCAACACAGCCCAGUAUGGCGGAGACUGGUAACACACAUAUACAUAUACAUACAUAUAUGUAUGUAUAUGUAUAUGUGUGGUGGCCGAGGUAGGACUCGAGCCAUGAGUGGUGUAUCUACACGAGGUUCCCAGUGUGGCAACAUCACUUGAUGACUUUCGGUAGACAUAGAUGUAUAUCUAUGUCAACGUAUGGCUUUGGAAGUAUACAGAGACGUGUACUAGAAAACUACGUGCACGUGCGUCUACGUGUGUAUUUUUCUGGAAGAUAUGUAUCCAUACACAUAUAUAUAUAUAUAUAUAUAUAUAUAUGCAUGUAAAUGGCGGCGUGAGUUUGGUGUGUGCAUGCGUCGAGAAGUUUCAUUCGUGUAGAUGCGGUUUUGUGAGACAAGAAAAUAAGAAAUGUCUGUGCGGGGAAAAGUGUCUGCGGAGGGCAGCGAAGCUUCCGUGAGCCGAGUCAAAACUUUUGAAGCAUCAUGUGGUUCUCUGCAGUCCUGCGCCACAGGGACGCAUACAUGCGCGUUUUAUAUAUAAUGUCUUCGAUACCAGCAUUGUUGCUCACGUCUUCUGCGAAAUCUGUUUUCGAACUUUGGUAUGCCCCCUGACAAUUUUGUGGUGCAGUGAACAUACCUGUAUAUAUAUAUAUAUAUAUAUAUAUAUUCGAAUGUGAACAUGUACUGUCUUCGAGGGAACAAGCACGUUUUCAUGGCUGGUUCAGAGCUCAUCGAGUCUUUGACGGGACGAACGGCAGACGGCUUUUUGUGCCUUUUUUUCUUGAGACUACCGAGUGGAGUGUCAAAACACCCUGUAGUCGUUCUCUGCUGUGACGCAUUUUAUCCGGG